AGGAAUUAAUGUCAAAUUAUAGAAGGUUUGGUUGGUUAUAAGUCGCUUUGUUAGGAGCCUACAAAAUUUUAUUUACAUGUAAAAUUUUAUUUAUAUAUAUAAUAUAAUGUACCAUACGAAACUCUCACAUGUUACUCUUCUUCUUCUUCUUCUUCUUCUUCUUCUUCUUCUUCUUCUUCUUCUUCUUGGAGAAUCGAUAAUGGCGGAACCAAACAAUUGGAAUUCAGAAUCUGAAAAUACAGAAAUCAAAAGGGGAAAACAGGGGGAUCAAGAACAGAGGGAUCAGAAACACCCAAUUUACAGAGGCGUACGGAAAAGGAGUUGGGGCAAAUGGGUAUCGGAGAUCCGGCAGCCGAGGAAGAAAUCUCGGAUUUGGCUUGGGACUUUCACGACGGCGGAGAUGGCGGCGCGUGCACACGACGUGGCAGCUCUCAGCAUUAAAGGUGAUUCGGCAAAAGCCAUUCUCAAUUUCCCUCAACUCGCUGGUUUGCUUCCCCGGCCGGUAUCGUUAAUGCCGAGGGAUAUUCAAAAGGCGGCUGCCAAGGCGGCGGCGAUGGUCGAUUUCGAUUCCGCUACGGUAUCGCUUUCGUCGUCGAAUGAUGACGAAGGGUCAGAUGAAUUGGGGGAGAUUGUGGAAUUGCCCAAUAUUGAAGGGGACAUCAGAGCUGAGUCGUGGAACGAGUUCGAGUUCAUUGACUCGGUUGAUUGGUGGGGAAAUCCGCCGUUUGCGGCGGGGGAAAUGGAUUUCUGUGCGGUGUUUUCAGAUCAAAGUACGCCUCCGGUCACCUUCGACGGCGGCGAUUGGGAGUGGGGAAAAAAAUUGUAAAAUUAAAAAAGAAAGUUCUUUGUCGAAAUUUUAGUCGAUUCUCAAUUCCAUUUCAUGUGAGAUUGUGGCGAUUUUGAAAAAGAAAAAUUGUAAUAGUUGAAAAGUAGAAUUCGGAAA